AUGUCCACUACCAUGAGUAUGACCGCAGAAGAAUUUUUGACCGAUGCCACUUACGUAGUUGUAGUUUUUGAUGAAUAUGAUGACAAUGAAAAAAAAUUGAUCGAACUCGUUCCACGAUCGUGGAUAACCAUUGACGAAGAAGACGAGUGUUAUUGUCGUUACCCACCCUCAGAAAUGGCACAAAAAUAUAUGACAAAGUGGCUAAAAAGUCUUCAUGAAGCUGACGAUUCAUGGUUAUCAUACAAGGUUGAUAUUAAAUACAGAGCUACUACUUACAUCCAAGGCUUACGCAGGCUUCAUCGUGCUUUUACAUCUGCUCAAGCUACUAGUGACCCUGAAGAUGCUUAUCAACCUGAAUUAAGAAAUGAUAUGGUGCUGAUGGAACUCGAAAAUUUGCUAAACAACACAUCUGCCAAGAUGCUGACUAAAAAUGUAACAACAGCUUCUAGCAAAGACUCGACAGAAGCUUCAACCGAACAUCCACAGCACUCGAAUGAACCCGUAGUACGUUCUGAAGAAGUUGGAAAUCGUAAACAUUGCUCAGGUAAUCUUUGAAACUACAAUAAUUUUUCUUUAUUAUUUUUUCAUAAACAACACUGAGAAAAAAAAUACUUUUAUCAAGAAAAUUUUCUUGAUACAAGAAUUUACGUUCUUGAAAAUUUUCAAGAAUAUAUAUUCUUAGCUCAAGAAAUUGUUGAAUUGGUUGAAGUAAUUUUUAUUUAAUUUAAAUAAAGCUAUUCUUUUGUUUAUCUAUUAUCCAAAGAUAAAUAUUGAUGUUCUUCUCUUAAGAAAUUAAUAAUUAAUAAUAAUAGAAUAUUUGAUUGUCAGCGAAUUUCUUGAGCCAAGAAAUUGUUAAUUGAGCAAAAGUA